AUGGGUCGGCAAAAGCAACAAACACCGCUGCAGCGAGCGCCUUCGUCGCAAUUGACAGAUAUGAUCACGAACGAUUCCGAGGUCCAGAAGGACAAUGCAAUGGCGUCCCCCGGCGCUAAUGGAAGUGCACCCGCCAAUGCGUCAGCACCGCUAGACACCGCUGAUAGCCCCGGGUUGAUGCAACUUCUGAUCUGCGUUCUCGGUAUAUACGCUGCUUUCCUCUCAUGGGGUGUGCUGCAAGAGGCCAUCACCACCACUGCCUAUCCCAUCCGUCCAGCCACAGCCGCCGAGCCAGAGCCUCCCACGGAGCGAUUCACCUACUCGCUCGUGCUGAACACGAUCCAGUCCUCCUUCGCGGCAAUUACUGGCUUCGCAUACCUCUUCUUAUCCACACCAAAGGGCCAGAAAAUUCCCUCGAUCUUUCCGACUCGUCGCAUCCUCUUCCCUCUGCUCCUGGUCAGCAUCUCCUCGUCGCUUGCGUCGCCAUUCGGCUAUGCCAGUCUCGCGCAUAUCGACUACCUGACUUUUAUUCUGGCUAAGUCCUGCAAAUUGCUCCCUGUCAUGCUUCUUCACUUGACUAUCUUCCGGAAGAGAUACCCACUGUACAAAUACGGUGUGGUUCUCAUGGUUACUCUUGGCGUUGCAACUUUCACGCUGCACCAUCCUGGAACCAGCAAGAAGGUUGCCGCAUCUGCGGCAAAGCAAAACGGGUCCUCAAUGUACGGGAUUCUGUUGCUGUCCAUCAAUCUCCUUCUAGAUGGCCUCACCAACACAACCCAAGACCACGUCUUCACCUCGCCAAAGACGUACACGCGCUUCACCGGUCCGCAGAUGAUGGUUGCACAGAACGUGCUCUCGACAGUCCUCACGACGACCUACCUCCUGCUCAUGCCGCAUAUAUCCCAAAGCGGACUCUUGCACAACCUGCUCCCAAUCCCCAUCCCGCCCUCCACCGAGACGGAGCUGUUCGGGGCUAUCUCGUUCCUCUCGCGCCACCCGGAGGCAUUGAAGAAUGUCCUCGGCUUCGCGACCUGCGGCGCUAUCGGGCAGGUCUUUAUUUUCUAUACCUUGUCCAAGUUCUCGUCACUGCUUCUCGUGACCGUCACCGUCACCCGCAAGAUGCUGACCAUGCUCCUCAGCGUGUUCUGGUUCGGCCAUUCUCUGUCUGGAGGCCAGUGGCUGGGUAUUGGGCUUGUGUUUGGCGGGAUUGGCGCCGAGGCCGCGGUGCAGAGACAGGAAAAGAAGGCGAAGGAACGGGCGAAGCAGAGUGAAAGUGCGAAAAAGGAGUUGUAG